CCCAAGACAAGUCGCCGCGUUGUAUUCUGGGAACACACAGUAGAUGCAAGAUGGCGGCGAGCAGGAGACUACACAAGGAACUUGAAGAGAUUCGCAAGUCUGGAAUGAAAAACUUCCGGAACAUUCAAGUGGAUGAAUCCAACAUACUGACCUGGCAAGGUCUUAUUGUCCCUGACAACGCUCCUUAUGACAAGGGAGCUUUCAGGAUUGAAUUAAUCUUCCCCGCCGAGUACCCCUUCAAGCCCCCCAAGAUCACGUUCAAGACGAAGAUCUACCACCCCAACAUCGAUGAGAAGGGACAGGUGUGUCUGCCUGUCAUUAGCGCAGAGAACUGGAAACCAGCUACCAAAACUGACCAAGUAAUUCAGUCCCUGAUUGCGUUGGUGAACGACCCCCAGCCAGAGCACCCGCUGAGGGCAGACCUAGCAGAAGAAUACUCAAAGGACCGGAAAAAAUUCUUUAAGAACGCAGAGGAGUUUACAAAGAAACAUGGAGAAAAGAGACCAAUGGACUGAUUACCUGACCAGUGUGUAGCCCUCUCUCUCUCCUCUCCCCAACCGAACGUCUCUCUUAUCCUCCCUUUUCUCUGUACCUUCCCCCUCUCUCCUCCCCAUCUCCCCACACACCCUCUCCUCCAUUCUUCCCCACACACACACAUCAUCCUAGCAGCCCAGGAGCAGCCCUAGCCUCACCUCAGCGUGUGGCUGCAGCCUCACCUCUCCCAUCUACGCAGGACUCUGGAUCAGACCGGUUUCUCCUCCUCCUGGCGAUAGCUCGAGGCCGUUACUAACUUUAUACUAUUUUCUUAAAUUAAAAUAUGAAAAAUGAAAAAGACAAGAAAAAAUAAAUGGUUAGAACGUCCAUGUUAAAUAUGGAGAACUAAGGAGGGAAAACAAAUAGAAGGAAAUGGAGAGAAAAAAAUCUGUUUAUAGUUAUGCUGUUUGUUAAAAAAAAAAAAAAAAAGUUUUUUUUAGGAAAAACAAGAAAUCACUGCUUGAGUAUUGUAGACCUUUCUCCUAACUUCUGGAAGGAGAUCUUUCUGACCGAAGGAAAAGUUGUGGUUAUUCUUUACUUUCUUUGUUCUCUUCUCUAGUCUCAUCUUGUUCUGUCAACCCUAAAUGACGUGUCUUACUAAAAAAAAAAAAAAAAGACAACCCUUCUCUCAUAGCUUGCUAGGCCCUGGAAGUGUGUGCUGAAAUGUUUUCCCUUUGACUUCUCUGCUUCUGGAGUUGCACUGUAUUCUGUGGAACAAGCCCUCUCUCAGUUGUCCUUCCCCUCAGCUAGAAGCCAGCCCACUGAGCAGACAGACACAAAAUGGCCACUGAUAAUACCCUAAUAUUACUUACAAGUGCAAUUGACUGGAGAUGAUCAUCAUUCACACUCCCCUUCACCAGUCCAAAAUGGCCCUCUUUGCAUUAGAUGUUCUGAGACUUCCUUUUGGUUUGUUUUUUUGCUUUAUAGGCAGAAGUGCCAUUCCGACUAAAAACAUCUCCCUCUGUGUUAUGCGGUUAUAUACCCCACCUCUACCGUGUUCCUACCGUGCUGCGUUACUUGGGUUCUAACUUUUCUCCUAUACACAUUUAGAUACCAGUUUGCCGUCUCAAGACAGUGGGAAGUAGAAAUAGUAGUGACACCGUACAGUUUGUUUCCUGUGAAAGGCUCUGCAGGGUCAAUCCAAUGUCUGCAGUGGCCGCACAGCAUUUACUGAGACACGGCCUCUGAAGCCAGGGCAUGUAUACUUCUUUUGCAGAGCUGUUGUCAAGGAAGUGAGUUUGUGUUUAUACAGGACCUCCCACCCCCACCUAAUAUCAACCAAUCAUGUCAAUGCGGAGCUAUAAGGAGCCCCCCACACUGUUACAACAUUUUGGGUGGCGCACGGUGAUGUGGUAUGGAGCUCAAUUUGGUCUCUGCGUGCCUCCAGUGGCUCCACAAUUGCGUCACACCCUCCUCCAUACAGCGCCUCCGACCACAUUUUUAGAAUCAAGCAUAAAUUGGCUUUAAGUUUACUCUCCAGUCCGCUCAUGGUCACACACAAAAUCGGAACCCCACCUCCUUUCUCUCUCUCUCUCUACAUAAAAAUAAUCUUAGCCCCCACAAACCAAAUCUCAUGUCAUCGCGAGAGACUGACAUAAGUAUAUCAAUCAGUGGCCGAUUUAUAUCCACUGGAACAAGGGACUUAGUGAACUGUCAGGCUUGGUCGUGGCAAUGCCAGGGGAGUCUAAAGACUGGGUUGAGUCCAAAAUGGCACCCUAUUCCUUACAUAGUGCUAUACUUUUAACCAGAAGCUUAUGUGCUCUGGUCAUAAGUAGUGCGCUAUAUAGGGAAUUAGAUGCUAUUUCAAACACAGACUGGGUUAACGCACGGAGACGGUGGUCCUUUAUAACAGGCACCUUUUAUAUUGAGCUGGGAGAGGGCUGUCUCUCUAACUGUCUGCCAGUAGGGUGUAAACAGGACAGGGACUGGAGCAGUGUAACAGCUGUGUGAUUCGGUCCAAUGUUUCAUAAUAAAGAUGGCUAACCA